UAAAAUGGCGGACCUCUUGUAGCGGUCGGGUGUGAUUACUUGUCACACUUCAAGCAUUUUCAGCGGAGUUAUUAUAUGUGUAUUUAUCUAUAAUCUAAACCAUGUUUUCCAGUUUUGGCCUGCGGACCAUUCUGAAGUCUUCCGUGGGUGUUUUGCGUGAAAGUUCCGGUCUGUACCCCGCGGUGUCAGUCAGACCUUGGAGCUGCUGCGCUUCGGCUCUGUUAUCAGGACCUGCAGUUAGCAAAGGAGUCUUUGCAGUUCCACCACCUGUGAGACAUUAUGCCCGGGUUGCAAAGAAAAAGAAGACAGGCCCAGAAAGCCAACUCAGUGAUCUUCCUCCAACAAUGGUGAAGAUGGAAUAUGCGUCUGUCCCACUUGCUCAAACUACAGACGAUCUCGUCAAACGUCUUCUUUCACUGGAACUGGCAAGUCAUAAGGAAAAGCUUCAGCUGAAAAAGGAACAACUGAUUGCAAAAGUUCAAAGAGAUGAGAACGAUCGCAAUUCAGUCGAAGUCCAGGUGGCUGUUUUGACUGCAAGAAUUCGUAACUAUCAGGAGCAUUUGCAAAAACACCACAAGGACAAAGCUAACAAGAGGCGCAUGCUAAUGGCCAUUGAUCGCAGGAAAAAGCUUCUAAAAAACCUCAGAUUGGUUCGUUUUGACACCUUUGAGAGAGUGUGUGAGCAGCUCGGCAUUACCUACACCUUCCCUCCAGAAUACUACAGACGGGCCACUCGACGCUGGCUGGCCAAGAAAGAGUUCUGUAUUAAGGUUUUCAAGGCUCUGCAGAAGCAGAAAGCAGAACAAAAAAUGAAGCAGCAAUUAUCCAACACAGAGACAAAGGUCAAGGCACCAGAAGCCCAAACAUAAUGAAACAAACUAGUCUGUACAGCUGGCUGCUCUCAAUACUUGGGGCUUUUGCUUGAUUGUUUCAUCUCAGACUUUCAUGUCCCAUUUUUUUUGUUUCCAAUGUAGUGUUCUUUUAUUUGUCUUACAAUAUCAGCUUAUUGGAAAUAAAUUUUCAAAGAAAUCUUUGUUUUGGGCAUGUGCAACUCACAACACCAGAGGGUGAUUUUGGUUUAGAAAAGAUUUUCAGAGAAUCUAGAUUACUAAAAAAUUUUAAUUCUGAGAAAACAAAGUGGGGUUCAAUUUAACAAGAAAACCCCAGCCUGCAGAUUAUGCCUUCUAUCUAAGUUUUCAAUCAUACAGUUUUAACUCAGUCAACAAUAUUUCACUCUGUCAUUUUAUAUCAACCUAUUUCCUGGUAUAAAGUCUGUUUUAUGCUAUGCUUUAAAUUCCAAAUAACUUUGACACUUCCUUGUCCAGAAGAUAUGGCUUUACAUUAUCUGUUUCCCUCCAUUUUUUAAAAAUGCAUCUCAACUUAAAGCCUAGUGAUUUAUAAUAAAACAUUAUUUAAACCUUUUGCACAUAUACACAUUACUAACUAAAACUAAUGACUAAACACUCACACUCACCAGUUAUUUUUUUGGUUGGGCAAAUAAAGUACAUGUAAAUUGUGAAAAACAAAAGAAACUUUCUAUAAAAUCACUCUACAACAUUCCCAACAAAAAUUAGAAGAGUUACUUUUACUGUGUGAAGCUUGUCGAUUGAAUAGGAUAGCUAAACUGCUGAAAAAGCUGUUGAAGCGUAUAGAUUAGAUAUUAGAAGAGACAAGUUGAAUGAUAAAUAUAACAAAACAAACAUGGGGUGUCAGUGAGUUUGGCACUGUGACUUCUCAGUUUGGUCAGAACUAUGUUGGGACAGUCGGGAAGGGAGUGUUGCCAGGGAUACAGACGUGCAGGCAUCAUGAGAGUCAUUGCUGUCUAAAGAGCAUGUGGGCUUUCCACACGGUCAGACAGACAUAGGACUGAGUAGGGCUCCCUAAAUCUAAGUAACUUCAUCCUAGCAACAGAAAUUACCUUUAUAGCUUUUUCCACCAACCUUUGUUCUGCAAAAAAUAAAAAUAAAACAUGAACAACUAUAGUAAAUAUGUAUUGAAUUUUAAAAAUGUUUUGUUAAUUGACAAGAGUGGAGAAUUAACCUUUGUAACAAAAGCUCUUUUAUGAAUCAAAAAAUCCAGUUACAUUCAGAUAUGAUGUUGCCCACGUGCAUGAGCCUUCAGUUUCCUCCAAUGAAUACCUUCAGACUAUGUCAUAUUAGAGAACCAUGCAGUGUAAGGUCUCAUGUUUCUGCUAAUAAUCAGUUGGUAAUUCUGAGGGUGUAACUUCACUACAGUUGUGUAGCUGUCAAACAUUAUAUGAAGACAAUACCACACCAGUCAAACUCAAUAAGUCUAACAUGGUUUUUAUCAGAGAGACUGUUUUUGAAGGGUCAGGGGAAAUCCUUUCUUCCUAUUUUCAAGCAGCAUAAACAUGUUAAUUGCAUAAAUUACUUUUUUGGCACAGGUAAUCUAUCUGUCAUUUUUUAUUUCUUCUUCGUCAUUAAAGAAUUUAAACACUGUAUUUAGGUCUUGAAUAAUAGCUGAGUUCUCUUCUUGAAUAAAACUCGCCAUUUGAAUUGGAGCCAAUACAAUCUACAGGGAGUUUCAUGCAUUGAAAGCCUAAAAUAAGCAAAAUAAAGGUGUUUUAAAUGUAUGAUUUUAUGUGCCUGGAUGUCAUGACAGAUAAAUUGUAUAAUAUUACAGUGAUUCUGUCUGCUGUCAACAGUGUAAUAAAAAAUAUUUAACUAAUAUGAGACCAAAAGCUUGUAACUUCAGCCUGCCUCCUGCUGUUGUUCCCUUGUAAAUCCUACAUACUUAAGUAAAGGGCAACUGUGCUACUUUUCUUAUUUCUUAAAGAUGUUUAAACUCUUAUCCAAAAAGCUUCUUCAGUUCUGAACAUUGUUGAAAGUAACAGGCAUAAUUUGAAGUCAGAACAGUCACACUAACAGGGCUAAUUAGGAAACUAAUGGGGGAAAUAAAACAUGUGAGACAUGUGAGUUAUUAGCCUUACCCUCAUUUAACAGAAUCCUUACAAAUGAGGCCAUUUGAACGCGUCAUGUGUGAUAAACAGUGUUUGGUUCCUCUAUUAAAAAAAGGAAUUAAAAACUGAAAUGCAGCCCCUCCCUCUUGUAUCCCUGCAGGUAACUGCAUGUCACCUAUUGUACUGCAUUCCUCAUUCCUCAUCAAACACUGACUGAAACCAAAACAAACACUUGCCUCAGCUGUCCUCAGGUAUGUUAAAGCAGGAAGACAGGCCUACUCAAAGUCAUCGCCCCGAUUAUAGACUUUCCCCCCACUGAAAAAGAUCUGUAUGUCUCACUAAGAUCUACAUCUAUACUGUGUGCUCUCAACAGUUCUCACAAGUACACUCACUUACUGAACAGUGCUUUUAUGGGGAAAAAAGCUUUUAAAAUUACAGUCUUAACUGGGCUCAU